UUUUCAUCCUCUUGUGCUGCGUCGCCUUUGGUCGUAUAUCGUGCGAUUGUUUCCGCUAGCUCCCCGCACCAGCACCACCGCAAAACACAGUCCUCGCUCCCGGCCCACCUCGCUAACGGGCUGAGCUCGUACCUCCAUCUCCUGCUUGGACCCUCGGUCACUGGAGAGACGCUGGCGCCGCCCGCAUUGCAUUGGAGCUGACUGGUCCGGCCAUAGACCCAAUGCGGACAGCAGACUCGUGAAGGGGCCUAUUAACGAAAAUCUCACUCUGCCACAAACCAAAUCCGUCGAUUGUCUCCUUUUCUCCUCGCAUCCAUCGGACUCUGGUCCUCCUACAUGUCUCUCGCGGCCGGCGAGGAUGUAUUUACACAGUCGGACGGCGCAACGUGCUGAUGCCAGCGCACAGCAGCUGUCGCAAUCGACUCGCCACCUCCAUACACUAGUGCGGCGGGACGGGAUGGGCAAGAGCAUCAUAGGCGUCGUAUGUCUACGAUUGAAGAGAUGAGAAAUGCAAGAGUAUUUGUUUUGCUGACCUCGGGAUGCCGUUUACAGAUCAUCAUAGCCGCCGUCGUUGGAAUCGUCGCUAUUGCACUCCUUGUGCUAUAUCUCAAGCGAAGAAGAAAGGGCAAAAAGGCCAAAUACGAGCGAGCCCACGGAGACGACACCACCGAAGUAGCGUCCAACUCGCGUGCAGCCAACUCAUCGACAGCGCCAAGAAGUGGUCGAUCUAACCAGCCUCCAUCUGCAUCGUCAAACCGCAACAAUGCCGCUGCUGGCAACGUGGAUCGCAACACUUCGGUUCGCUCGGUCAUGACCCUUCCGGCUUACCGCCAGAUGGCUUCGCACAACGAACAGGUUCUAGGACGAGAAGGCGAGCGAGAUGGUAUCGAUGUCAUUGUCGACUUGCCCACCGAAGAGGAAUUGGAAGCGCUGCGCGACGAAGAGAUGGAGAGCAUGUAUCAGAUUCGGCUUGCGCGGCGGCAGAUGAUUGAGGAGCAACAGCAGAGGAGGGUGGAGCGACAAGAGGCCCGACGACGAGGCGACAAUGCGGCCUUGGCAGAUAUCCGUGCCCGCACCAGGGCUGCGAAUAACAGCACCGCCAUCGACGAGCUUCGGCGGGAAAUGGAGCGUGCAAAGGAGAACAGGAAUCUAUCCGUGUCGAGCGUAUCUUAUGCGGACGUUGGACUGGCUCGCCACGACGGCACAAGGGUCCGUGCCAAUAGCAGCGAGAGCGAGCGCAUAGGUCUACUCUCGGAUUCUGCAAGCAUCGGCAUGGUUGAUGUGCGAUCUCAGGCACACAACCGUGGAAUGAGCGUGGGCUCCGUCGUCAGCAUGGACAGCAACUUCCCCUCGCCCGCACUGACCCGGUCUGGAGAAUCGCAUACCAACACCCCGGGCCAAGCUCAGAGCGAAGCCAGGGCAGAGUCAAGUCCCGAACUCGUGGAGGCAGACUUGGGCGACGAAGCAAUGCCGCCUCCGGGCUACGAAGAUGUUUCUCUGGACGACGACGACUUCCAGGACCGACCAUUGUCACAUAUACACGAGCCGCCGCCAGAUUAUCCAGGACAACAUCGAUCGGGUUCUCAGAGGAGCCAGCGGAGCCAGACAUCACCAUCUCUUGUGUCGGCCUCAAGCGAAGACAAUUCAGCAGACGUUCAGCGGCGGUCCAGCCGCGGUGUUGGCGGCAUCCCUCAACUGCCAAGUCUGCGAAUCAGCGAGCUCCCUUCGAUUGCGGUCGAGCCUCCAAGCGCACAACCGCCGGAACACGAGGCUGAGCCAAGACAGUAA